GGAGGAAGGGCGGAAGUGGAAAGGGAAGAUGGGCGCAGCCUCAGCUCAGGCCGGGAGCCAGCUGGAGUGUUGCUUGGGGAGGAAGGGGCACUGGUGGUCGCCAGGCUAGUCGAGGCCGGGGCUUCCACUCGGAGCCGGCGAUUGGCGGCCCACUAACCCGGCCGGGUUUCUAUGUAUGUGCCCGCCCAGGGAAACAUGGAAACCUGUUUGGCUGCGGCGGCGCUGAACGGGGUGGACAGACGUUCCCUGCAGCGCUCGGCCCGGCUGGGUCAGGAAGUGCUGGAGCGGGCCAGGCGGAGGGCAGUGGACUGGCACUUCCAGGAGCGCCCCGCGGGCGGCGUGGGGGACCUUUCCCGGGAGGGGCCCUCCAGAGGAGGAUGGCGGGCAGCCGAGCCCCGGCGCCUUCUCCGCGCAGAGAGAGAAGACAGCCAUGUGACCCUUAAUGCUUCCUUCAGAAUAAUGGCUGAAUUCAUGGACUAUACUUCCAGUCAGUGUGGGAAAUAUUAUUCAUUGGUGCCCGAGGAAGGAGGGGCAACCCACGUCUAUCGUUACCACAGAGGGUCAUCUCAGCAACACGUGUACUCAGACACAGGGUUUGAUCAGAGAACAGACAGAGAGAAGACAUCCUUCAAUCCAGGAGGCAUCUACCAAACACCAGAGCCCGCUUCUGAGGCCUCCCAGCCUGCCAAGCACAUCGCUAAGGACCUCUACAUAGAAGUGUAUCCAGGGACCUAUUCUGUCACUGUGGGCUCAAAUGCCUUAACCAAGAAGACUCACGUGGUAGCAGUUGAUUCAGGGCAAAGUGUGGACUUGGUCUUCCCUGUAUGAUGUUGGCUGCCACUAUCACCACAUCACUUUUUAAGUAGGCAGAAGAAUAAAGCCACCAAUGACUUUCUUAAUCAUCAUGCCUUAAUCCUGUUUCUAGUGCUGACCAUAGCAGGUCAGCCUCCUGGGAGCUGCAGUCCAUCUCUGUCAGUGCCCAUGUUAACCUGAGAGCAUAGAACUCCCUGUCUCAUUUGCCUAUGUGUAAUAAUGUGAUGAAGCAGUCUGAAUAGUUUUUACUGCUUGCUUUCAAAGUAAAGAUUAAUUAUGUUAAUAAAGGGAGAGGUUU